CAGAUCUUACUUGACAACUUGAGCGAGAGAGAGAGAGAGAUGGAGCAACAUGAACUCAAUGGUCAACUAAGACCUCAUCUGCUACUCUUUCCCUUCCCGGGACAGGGCAACAUGAACUCAAUGCUCAACUUAGCAGAGACCCUCUGCCAUUCCGGUCUCCACAUCACCUUCCUCAACUCCGAUCACAACCAGCAACGCCUCCUCCGCUUCACGGAUGCCCAAGAACGCUUCAGCCGCUGGCCUACAUUCCGAUUCCAAACCAUCGCUGACGGUCUUCCAGCCGAUCACCCUCGUUCCGUUAGUACCUUCUUCGAAAUGUUAAACUCCAUGAAAGCUACUGCAGAGCCACUUUUCCGUGAGAUGAUCAUCGCCGCUCGGCAGGAAUCGGGCCAAUGGCCACCCUUGAGCUGCAUUAUAGCUGAUGGUAUCAUGCCUUUCACCAUUGAUCUUGCAGAAGAGCUUAAAAUCCGUGCAAUUAUUUACCGCGCCAUCAGUGCUUGUUGCUUGUGGACUUUCUUCUGUCUUCCUAGACUCUUUGCAGCAGCCGAGCUUCCAUUUCAAGGAGAUGAUGAUGAAGUUGACAUGGAUGUGCCCAUAAAGAGUGUGCCUGGGAUGGAAGGCUUUCUCCGUCGCCAAGAUCUUCCGAGUUUCUUCCGAACAAAAGAUCCCAAUGAUCCAGUCCUUCAAAAGCUUCAUGCCGAGAAUCAACAAAUGACUCAAGUAUCUGCUCUUGUAAUCAACACCUUCGAAGACCUGGAAGGCCCAAUACUCACUCAAUUACGUUCUCAAGUCCCUAAUCUUUACACAGUUGGGCCGCUCCAUGCCCUUUCAUCCCGAAGACAACAUUCCAGCUCUUCAUCGGCUUCCAAUAUUGCUGCUUCAAACAGCCUAUGGAAGGAGGAUAGUAGUUGCAUGGCAUGGCUCAAUUCUCAGCUACCAAAAUCAGUGGUAUACAUGAGUUUUGGCAGCUUAGUGGUUUAUGGUAAAGACACGCUAAUGGAGUUCUGGCAUGGGUUGGUCAAUAGUGGGAAGCUCUUCUUGUGGGUGAUACGGCCAGAUUCCAUCAAUGUAAGUGGUGGUGAGGGUGAGACGAUUCUAGCAGAAGUGGUGGAUGGGGCAAAGGAAAGGGGUUCUUUGGUGGUGGAGUGGGCACCGCAGGAGGAAGUCCUAAACCACCCAGCUGUGGGUGUGUUUUUGACCCACAGUGGAUGGAAUUCGACAAUGGAGAGCAUCUAUGCUGGUGUGCCAAUGAUAUGUUUGCCAUGCUUUGCAGACCAGCAGGUCAAUAGCAGGUUUGUGAGCGAGGUUUGGAAGGUUGGAAUGGCCUUGGACAUAUGUGAUAGAGGGACCAUAGAGAGAGUGGUGAGGGAUGUGAUGGAACAAAAGAGGGAGGAGCUGGUUGAGUCGAUAGGUGGAUUGGCAAAGCUAGCAAGGAAGUGCAUUAGUGAAGGUGGCUCCUCUCGUUGUAACUUGGAUAGGCUGAUCCAAGAUCUAAGGUCCAUUAAUCUUGUAUGACUCUUAUAUCAACUGUAGUGGGGUAGUGGAUUUAGCCUUUCACCUUUCCAUGGCUU